CGUGGACAGUGGGAGGGGCCGAAGGCGUGUCCCGAACGUCAUCUGUUGAGUCAGCAAUCUGCUGAGUCGCUCGUGAUAAAGAACUGCUGAGAACGGGCAAGUGUCUACCCUUGUCUCCGACCACCAGGCAGGCGUACCCGGGCACACUCCCUCAGGUGGCCUUGCUGACCAGGCUGACCAGAUGCCACACUGACAACAGCACCCACUCUCUGAAAAGAAAAUCAUGGAAACUGGACAGCAAAUAGAAUGGCAGGACCUCGACAAGAGACGCUAUUACAUCAUUGGACCCAGUAUGUUUGUCUGCGUACGAGCAGUCCUAUAUCCCAUAAACCUCAUCAAGGUCCACCUGUUCAUGCAGCAGGGAAACUCCCUCUAUUCCGGGGCAAUCGACGCCUUCCGGAAGAUUCUCAGACGAGAGGGGAUCCGGGGUCUGUACAGAGGGUUCACAGUCAGCUUACUAGGGAUGGCAUCGGGACAAAUGUACAUCACGACGUACGAACUCACCCGAAGUCGCCUGCCUGGAUACAGCACAGAGUUCAAGGGGCUGGUAGCUGGUACAUGUGCCACUGUAAUUGGCCAACUACUGACAGUGCCUGUGGACAUAGUGUCGCAGCACAUGAUGAUGGAAGGCCAGGGGAAAUGGAGUCAGAAGGCCACCAGUCGAGCCAAGCCCAGUCAAUACAUAUUGGUCAAGAACACAGACUAUGUACUGCCCAAGAAACAAAAGGUGGUGCGAAGUGCGUACCACAUAGUGAGUGAGAUAGUUCAUCGCGAGGGGUUCCAGGGUCUCCACAAAGGUUACUCUGUCAGUCUCCUCACGUACGCCCCCAACAGUGCCCUGUUCUGGAGUAACUACAGCAUGUUGUUUCGCUGGUGUAUGGAGUCAGGAUUGGGGGAGGCCCUCCCACUCCCGCUCGUGCAGGCGUCGUGUGGUGUGGUGGGAGGUGUGACGUCUGCAGCACUCACUAACCCACUGGACGUACUCAGAACUAGAUAUCAGUUGGAGGACUCCCAGAGCAUCAGACAGACAUUCAACAGACUGUGGAGGGAGGAGGGGCUCAGGUUUCUUUCCAAGGGACUAUCGGCACGAGUUGCAUCUGCUGCUCCAAAUAGUGCCAUCCUCAUCAGUACCUACGAGUGGGUCAAACGCAAGAGCCUGCUGCGGACAGAACAGUAGCCUUUUAUACCAUAGGUGAUCUUUUACUAUGUGAUUAUUUAUUGGUCAAAAGUAUGGGGAGUGCACAGUCACAGGCAAAUCUCUUUAGAGGAGGGUAUAUAGAGAGAUUAAUGUUUUCCUGUCCCUUCACUCUCUCCGCCUGUUUGUCAGUCCAAUCCUUCCACCAGUCUCUCCAGUCACUUCACUCGUUCAAACCUCAUUCAUCUCUCCUCCUACGGAGCUCCCUGCAAAUGUACUCAAUUCGUGCUGUGUUCAUAUGUUGUGAACUUCAUCUGUGUGCAUUGACCUGGUGGCUCACUAUGGAGCCGGAUCCUGGCUCACUUCUCCCACAUCAUCACUGAUCUCUUCUCUCUUCUCCUGCGAGUCCAAAUACCUUCGCAGCUUCUUCGCGGCUCUCAUUCUUGCUGCUCUGCUAUCAACUGUUUUCUCUUCGGCGCUUCCCUACCAUUGCAUGCCUUUUCGCUUCCCCCUCGCGCGCACCCCGGCUCAAGUCACUCCUCGUGCAACUCCUCCGACCUCACCGCUGAUCUCUUCUCUCUCUUCCGCUUUGCCCAAAGGCCGCCUUCGCAGCCUCUUGACAGCUCUCAUUCUUGCUGCUUUCUCCACCAACAUCUUUCUCCCGCGCGCCGCGAGACGGAGCCUUUGUGCGCAUGCGCGGCAGUGCGGCAGCAGGCCGGCCGGGCGAUGAGCAAAAUUUAAAAUAAGAACUACACUAUUCGGUUGCUAACAAGAGUGUAUCUCUCCACUUCAGAGAGCGACCGUUGUUUUACUGUCUUCCUGGCAGCGGCACUACUUGUUCUCUGUCUCACUCCUCCCUCGGCUCCUCCCACAAUGAUGACAUCACCAGCCACACCAGAAUUCGUCUCACUCCCAUGUGAGCAGGGACUACUCUCAUUACUGGAUGCAGCACCUGUCGACGACUUCCUGUCCUCGCAGUAGCUCCUGGCCCCAUGCAGUAGCAGGAUCCCCACUACAACCUUGACUGAUGUCAGACUUGGGACACAGAGACAAACGGAG